AUAAUCACGAAACAAUUCGUUCAGUUCAACUUUUGCCAUUUUCUAGUGGUGAUCAGAGCAGCUGCAGCCUGCAGAGUUGAAGCUCAUGGGUUCCGGGGCAGCGCCUGAAGCCUCCUCAAUAAAAUGGAAAUACGACAUAUUCUUGAGCUUCAGAGGUGAAGACACGCGCAAUGGCUUCACGUCCCACCUUCACAAGGCAUUAGAAAGCAGGGGAUACGAUGUUUUUAUGGACGAGGACGAUCUACAAGUAGGGCAAGUUAUAAAACCAGAACUGUUGCAGGCAAUCGGAAAGUCCAAGAUCUCUGUAAUUGUCUUCUCAAAGAGGUAUGCAGAUUCCAGUUGGUGUCUUAAUGAGCUGGUGAAGAUCAUGGAGUGUGGAAGAACACUGAAUCAAAUCGUUUUGCCAAUAUUCUACAAUGUGGAUCCUUCAGACUUCAGGCAUCAGAAGGGUACUUUGGAAUCUGAUUUUCAGAAACAUACCAUCCGACAUAAAGAUGAGGUGGUAAAGGAGUGGAAAGAUGCUCUUACUGAAGCUGCGGAUUUGUGUGCCGGGGUUCUCAAAGACAGGAAUGAAGCAAAGUUUAUCGAGGAAUUUAUUCAGAGUAAUAUUGUCGGACGGCUUUCCAAAACUCCCCUACCAGUAGCCGCUUGCCCGGUUGGAGUCGACUCUCGUGUACAUGAUAUGAUCAGUUAUCUAGGUGGUAGAUCACAAGAUGUUGUCAUGAUUGGAAUUUGGGGGAUGGGCGGACUGGGCAAAACAACAGCUGCGAAGGCCAUUUAUAAUCGAAUUAAGGAUAAAUUCGAUGCUCAUGGUUUCCUUGGAGACAUUAGGGACACUGCAAAUAGACAUGAUCUUGUUUAUUUGCAAAAACAACUUCUUGCUAAAAUCUACAAGAAACCGACCAUUGACAUAAGUUGUCCUGAUGAAGGGAUGGGUAUGAUAAAAGAAAAACUUGGACGUAAAAGGGUACUUGUAAUUAUCGACGAUGUAGAUAAACAGGAGCAACUCGAAGCGAUAGUUGGAAAUCGUGAUUGGUUUGGCUCUGGAAGUAGAAUUAUAAUAACUACUAGAGAUAAACAUUUUCUAGACGUACUUCAUGUGAAUAAAACUUUCACGGUUCCAGAAAUGAAUCCAGAUGAAGGUCUUGAGCUCUUUUGUCGGCACGCCUUUCAAAAAGGUUGUCCUAAUAAACGAUAUCUUGAACUCUCGAAAAAGGUAGUUUCUUAUAGUGGAGGUUUGCCGCUGGCACUCAAAGUUUUAGGCUCUUUCUUGGUUGGAAGAACCAUGGAAGAGUGGGAAAGCCAAUUGGAGGAAUUGGAAGGAAUCCCUCCAAAAGAUAUUCUAAAACAACUGAGAAUAAGCUAUGACGGUCUAGAUCAUAUCGAGAAGUGUAUAUUCCUUGAUAUAUCUUGUUUCUUCAUUGGAAUGAACAAAGACCAUGUCAAAAAAAUAUUAGAUGGAUGUGGCUAUAAAGCAGAAAUAAAAAUCAGUGUCCUCCUUCAGCGGUGCCUUGUAACUGUUAAUGAAGAGAACCAGCUAACGAUGCAUGAUCUACUUCGAGAAAUGGGCAGAGCAAUCUGUCAAGAAGACCGGAGUAGAUUGUGGCUCAGCCCUGACGAUUUGACAGAUGUAUUGGAAGACAAAUCUGGAACUGAAAAAGUUGAAGGACUUGCUCUAAUUCUGCAAAGCUCGGAAAAUUCUAGUUUCGGUAUAGAUGUAUUGAGCUAUGUAUCUGGAACUGAAGAAAUUGAAGGAGUUGCUCAACAUUUGGAUCCAUAUUUGCGUCGAGGUGGGGCUCGACAUUAUAUGGAUCGAGAUUUUGGUCCUCCCAAAAAGUUAAUAUGGUUGCGCUGGAAAUAUUUUCCUUUAGAGUCCAUACCAGAUGACUUUCCUAUGCAACCAAAACUAGUUGCUUUAGACCUGAAGUAUAGCGACCUCAAAAUAGUUUGGAAGAAUUGCAAGUUGCAUCAGAAUUUGAAAAUCCUUAAUCUCAGUUAUUCCUAUGAGCUAACAAAAUCACCAGACUUUUCAAAACUCCCAAAUCUCGAGGAAUUGAUAUUGGAAGACUGUGAGAGUUUGUCUGAGGUUCACUCUUCCAUCGGGGAUCUUGGAAGACUUUCUUUGGUAAAUCUUGAAGGCUGCUACAGUCUAGAGGAUCUCCCACUGAAUUUCUAUAAAUCCAAGUCUAUUGAAACUCUUCUACUUACUGGUUCAAGUUUUGAAAAGUUGGCUGAGGGCUUAGGGGACAUGGUAUCAUUGACAACUCUGAAAGCAGAUCACACAGCCAUAAGACAAAUACCAUCUUCCAUAUUAAAAUUGAAGAAACUGAAAGCUUUAUCUUUAUGUUCUGUGAAAGGGUCGCCAUCAACAAAUCGUUUGCCUCCUUCGUUGCAAAGUUUAAGCUCUUUAAGAGAAUUAGCUCUUGCAGACUGGAGUUUAACUGAUGAUGCAUCCCCCAAGGAUCUCGGAAGCCUAAUUUCCUUAGAAAAUUUAGAUCUUGCAGGAAAUGAUUUUUGCGGCCUACCAAGCCUCGGUCGUCUUUCAAAGCUCAAGGUCUUGUGUUUAAAUGCAUGCAGAAAACUUCUUGCAAUCCCAGAUUUACCAACCAAUUUGUAUGUUCUGAAAGCAAAUGACUGCCCAGAAUUGGAAACAAUUCCAGAUUUUUCAAAAAUGUCCAAUAUGAGAGAAUUGUAUCUACGUGAUUCGGGCAAACUCACUGAGGUUCCAGGCUUGGAUAAGUCAUUAAACUCCAUGACAAGGAUUCAUAUGGAAAAGUGCACUAAUCUCACUGCCGAUUUUAGGAAGAACAUCCUACAGGGAUGGACUUCUUGCGGAUAUGGUGGCAUUUUUCUUAGUGGAAAUGAUAUUCCUGAUUGGUUCCACUGUGUCCAUGAUGAUGAUAUUGUGUAUUUCACUGUGCCUCAAAGUGUUGGUCGUAUUUUGAAAGGGUUAACUUUGUCCUUCGGUUUCUCUUCCUCUUCAAAAGAGUACGGUCUUGGUUUUCACAUUAGCAUUAAAAACAUGACCAAGGGUACUGAGAUUGAAGCCAGGAUCAUACCCGAUUGUCCAACUGAGGGUUAUUAUCUUUGGCAGGGACAGUUAUCAAAUGACAAGCUCGAAUUGCAAGACGGUGAUAAUGUCUUGAUUGAAAUAAUAGUGGAGGCGAAGGUAAAGGUGAAGAAAACAGGUGUUAGUCUGGUAUGGGACAAAUUUAUGAACGAAAAUAUGAUUGAUUACCAUCUUUGUGCGUAUCAACGACGCCCAUAUCUGGUCAAUGAUGAUGUCAUCAUUCAUUACGAUUCUGUUAAUUACAAAAGCAAAUCACUGGACUUUUCAAAAUUCCCAAAUCUCAAGAAGUUGACAUUGAAAGGUUGUAAGAAGUUGAUUAAGGUUCACUCAUACAUCGGGGAUCUUGGAAUACUUUCUUUGGUAAAUCUUGAAGGCUGCCGAAUGCUAAAGGAUCUCCCACUGAAUUUCUAUAAAUCCAAGUCUAUUGAAACUCUUAUACUGAAUGGUUGUUCAAGAUUUGGGAACUUGGCUGAUGGCUUAGGGAACAUGGCAUCAUUGACAAUUUUGGAAGCAGAUAAGACAGGCAUCAGACAAAUUCCAUCUUCCAUAGUAAAAUUGAAGAAGUUGAGAAUUUUAUCUCUAUGUGGCUGCUGGCGGUUAACUGAGGAUGCAAUCCCUAAGGAUCUAUGUAGCCUAACUUCCUUAGAACAUCUGCUUCUUGGAGACAAUUACUUUGGUGGACUGCCAAGCCUCGCUGGUCUUUCCAAGCUCAAGGUCUUGUGUGUAAAUGCAUGCAAAAACCUUCGUGCAAUACCAGAUUUACCAACGAAUUUGUAUGUUCUGGAAGCAAUUUACUGUCCAGAAUUGGAAACAAUUCCCGAUUUUUCAAACAUGUCGAAUAUGAGAGAAUUGUAUCUGUCCCCCCUUCUCCUCCCCCCCCAAUGUAUUGCUUCUGGUGUGCAGAGAUGGACUUCUUGCGGAUUUGGUGGAAUUUAUUUGAAUGGAAUUUAUGAUAUUCCUGAGUGGUUCAAAUUCGUCAAUCAUGUGGACAAUAUCGUCUUCUUUGAAGUUCCUCAAAGAAUCAUGGGUAGUGAUUUAAAAGGGUUGACUAUAUGCUUCGUUUACUCUUCAUUCAGGCGAAAAUUCUUAACAAUGCCUUAUUGGAGUUAUGGGAAAUGUAAAGAUUUUCAAAAUGGUCUUAUUGGCAUUAUCGUUAGAAAUCUUACCAAACAAACUGCUUUGCACACCAAGAUAGCAAUUGCCUCCUUAAAAACUUGGCAUAGACCUAAAGACCAUUAUCUUUGGCAGGGACAAUUGUUAAACGAUGUUCUCUGUUUGCAAGGCGGGGACCAAGUCUCCAUUCUUGUAAGGCCUGAUGAUGUUGAUUUUGUGAGAGUGAAGAAGACAGGGGUUCAUCUAGAAUGGGACAAAGUCAUGAAGGAAAAUAUAGAUAAUCCGGAUCCUCAUUUGUAUGAUUUGGAAACAAAAUCGGGAUUUUUCAGGGGGAGUUGAUGACGCAUUUUUCAGGGGCUUAUAUGCAUGAACAACUAGCAGUGGAACCAUAUCUGGAUUUUUUGGGGAGCAGGAUAGAGCCAUGAUGCAUUUGUUCGCACUAAUGAAUCGAGUGUUGUGGAUGAACAAUUAGCAGUGAAGGGGUGUUUCGGGCAUCUAAAAAGUUUUUUAUUUAAUAUUUUCUUCAAUUGUUUUUCCCACCCACGUUAAUUGUGAAUGGUUGCCACAGAAUUUAGUUG